GGGAGUCGGUGGUCAGUUGUUGGUCAGUGGACAGUUGCCCGUUCACCAGUUCGAUCCACCGUUCUUGGCAUUCGCUCACCUGACAUGGAUACUAACCACGGGGCUGUAUCUCCGUAUUCUAUUGGCAGUGACAAAAACCUUGUACCAGUUAAAUUCAGGGGCACAAUGUUUCAGGCGCAACAUAGGCUACACAGUAAGAUAACGUUGGCUUUACUGGGUAUUACCAUGCUGUCUCUGGUAGUAAUCAUAGCUCUUUUUCUAGCCUAUGCUCAUCCGAGGUUUGAGAUUUGCAGUUCUGAAGAGUGUAUACGAAUAGCUGCCAGCUUGAAGGAGUCCAUGAAUACGUCUGUUAAUCCAUGCGACAACUUUUACGAGUACGCUUGUGGAAGAUGGUCGCGUGAGCAUCCGACGCCAGACAGCAGCUCGACGAAUUCCUGGUUUAGUGAACGGACUGCUCGAGUGGCAAGAACCAUUCGAGACCUUUUGCAAGAAAAUACAACAGUCGAAACACCGUGGGCGGUCGUACAGGCGAAAAAAUUGUAUACAAGCUGCCUCGACGCCGUAUCCUUGAAUUCUCUGGGUCUUUGGCCGCUGCAGAAUUUGUUGGAAGAGUUGAACUUGCCCGAGAUACCGGCCCUAUUUUCUGGCACACCAGGAAAUUUUACCAACCAAUUGGCAAGAUUGAAGAAAACUCUGGGUAGAGACGUAUUUUUCGGUCUUGAUAUCAUUCCUGAUCCCAAAAAUAAUAGCAGGAAUAUCAUAUUGCUCGGAAUGCCAUAUACAGCCAGCCCUUUACCCAGGGAUGUAGAAUUAGAGAAGCGAAUACAACGCAUCAGGACACGAAAGAGAGCUAUUGAGAAAGACUUAAAUGAUGAAGACGAGGAAGGUUUAAUGCCUCUUGAACAAAUCUAUAUGACGGAGGUCAUCAGGGAAGUGACGACUAACGGAACAGCAAAAAUCUGUAACUGGAAUGAUAGCGGAUACCCGAAUGAGACGGAAAUAGCUCGUGUGGUAGAGCAGAUCUAUCGGAUGAGUGAAGAACUUUAUUAUUUGACUCAUGGAGAUUCAAACGAUACUGUUUCCGAGGCUGACUUCCAAUAUGAAGAUUAUAUGUAUGUCGACGAUCUUCAAAAGGUCACGGACGAAUACAUCAAGGAUGUUAACUUGAGUCUGACACCUAGACAAAUUUGGAGGCCGUUUAUAGAAGAAGUCUUUAAGGAUGUUCCCGGUCUCGAUCUGACGAGGAAGGACAAGGUGCUCGUGGAGGACUUGGAUUACUUAAAAGAGAUCGCUGUUUUAAUAUCAGCUACCGAUAACGAAGUUUUGGAAGCAAGUAUUUGGUGGGUCGUUCUUGAUAUAGUGGCACCUCACUCGAGCGAAAAUUUGAGAAAAGCUUGGGAUAAGUAUUUGUUGAGCAUCACAGACGCAGAAGUUUGGCAAUCAAGAUCAUUGCAUUGCGUGAACUCUGUGAAUCACCUGAUGGGCAUGGCGGUUUCGUGGCUAUUUGUGGAUCCUAAGUUUCACGAAAAAAUGGGUGAAAAAGUUGUGGAGAUGUUGGAGGAUAUCAGGGCAGCGUUCGCAUCCCUAGUGAAACAAGCUGACUGGAUGGAUGCACAGACGAAGGCAGCUACUCUAGAGAAGAGUAAGAAGAUGGCUUCAGCCAUUGGCCAUCCACACUGGCUUUUUGAAGAAGCAGAGUUAAAUGAGUAUUACGAAGGAAUAAACAUGAUCGAGGAUGCUUACCUCGACAAUAUGCUGCAGAUAGUAAAACUGAGAUGGAAAUAUGUCCUGGAAAGUCUUCACGAAGAGAAUUUCGACAAUGAAACUUAUUGGGCUACGGAUCCUACUGAUGUCAAUGCCUUCCAUACCUUUCAAGCUAACCAGAUAACUGUACCAGCGGGAAUAUUGCAAUUCCCAUUCUACGAGUUGGGCUUAGAAGCUUUGAACUACGGUGCAAUCGGUACCGUGCUUGGACACGAGCUAACGCAUGGCUUUGACAACAUCGGAAGGCAGUUUGACACUUCUGGAAAUCUCAGGCAAUGGUGGAGUAACGAAACCAUCAGUGAAUACACGGAGAAGACUCAGUGCUUUGUCGAUCACUAUAAUACAUACUACGAAGAGAAGGUGGAUGAUUACAUUGAUGGUGAAUCGACAUUGGAUGAGAAUAUUGCUGAUAAUGGUGGAUUGAGGGAAGCCGUUUGGGCUUACAGGAGAUGGAAAGCAAGACACGGUGCAGAAGAAACACUUCCGGGCUUCACUCAUCUGUCCUCCGAGCAGCUCUUAUUCCUGGCCUUUGGUCAUAUAUGGUGCGAGUCGUAUACAGCGACAGCGUUGAGAUGGAUGCUAAUGGACACCCAUUGCCCAGGUCAUGUACGACUAGUAGCGGUGAUAAGAAACUCCGUAGAGUUUAGCGAUGCCUUUAAAUGUCCUGUUGGCUCAAACAUGAAUCCAGAAAAGAAGUGUCAUUUGUGGUGACUUAAGAAAUAAUUACUUGUUUAAUUACAUUGGUAAAGGUGUGUGUUGAGAGGAGGUGGGUGACGUUUUCAUCAGGAUUUAAAGAAAUAAUAAUAAAGUAUAUUUAUA